AGCGCCCACUUGGACAGCCUUUGAAAGAGAGGGGGAGGAUCAGAAGGAACAGGGAGACUUGGAACAAUUGGAACGAGUCGGGUGAAGGCCAACAAGGAGCGUAAACUACGAAUACCGUUCUUGGGCACGGAGCGUUGCCGUUGAGUGAGCUUAGGAAGAAGAAGCCCCCCAAGAAGAGGAAGUGGUAAGGAUUGCUUGCCAAUGGCCACCAAGUCUAGAAGUCCUUGGUGAAAUUUUCGGAGAAAAAACAACGACUUCUUAUUCGCAGAGUCCAUCUACACGAAUAGAUCCACUUUUUUUCUCUGCUAAGAAGGCCGAGGUCCAUUGAUCGAGCAGAAAGAGUAGUAGAAUGGAUUGAAAGGAAAAUAGCUACUGGAACAGUGAAGCAGGCUUGAGCACGGGGUUUGACUUGUGUUUGACCAUUUUCAAACCAGAUGCUCUCUAAUGAUUGCAUCUCUUUUGGUUCUCAUCUCUCCCGAGACCAAGACAGGCCGACUAAAAGCCCAGUUUCCUGCAAAACAGUACAAAUACACUUUUCGUGUGACAUUGAACUACUGAUAGGAGUUACUUAUGUUCAGAACGAGCACGAGUGGCAAAGGUGGGAAGUGGGAAGUGGGAACAGCUUGUCGGCCACCCAUUGACAGUCAUGCCCUAAGGCGCAUGGCUUGAUUGUUCCCCAGCUGCCCCACGUGUCUGGAAGCAAGUGGGGCGAAGGAAAGACCCACGUCAACCCUGCCGGGGGGAAUCCACGACCCAGUCAGUCUGUCACAUUAAUGACAGUGAAGACGGAGGAGGGCCGACAUCACAAAGGCAAGAGGAUACGACGGCCUCCAUCCUCCGGCCUGGCGGGCGAAUCAAGAGGGAACAGACCCUCAAAGUACUACCAGAAACAGUAAACAGAAUAGUAGUAGCGGUAGUAGUAGCAGUAGUUGCAGUAGUAGUAGCAGCAAUGGGAUAAGAACUAGUAGUAGUGCACUAGUGAUAACAGGCAUUGGCUGCGAAAGUGAGUGUGAGUCUUCCUGUCUCUCUUACUCUGCGUCUCGUACUCUCCACACGAUUUCGUUGUUUGCCCGUGCACGUAUGUGUUAGGGCCUCUGUGAGUGCGCACGCACCACAUCUCACAGCUGAGUCUCUCGUGGAAGGACGAGAACACGGCAGAGUCCGCUUGUUCAAAAGCACAAAACUACGAGAUCUUGGAGUGGCAAUAGACCACCAGGCCCAGGAGCGCGCAGACGAUUAAGGGCACUACUCGUCCUCCACUCUAGUAGCACUCUCUGUGUACAUGCGAUUUUCAGUGUGCUUCAGAGGAUGACUCCCGAUGAGAAGGUUGGAGGGGAGGUGGACGAAGAGAACACAUAACAAAAAUGGUGUCAGUUCCCUAUCAAAGGCUGAAGGCCUCACAACAUUGGGUCAAGACCAACGAUGGGAAAAUAAACUUUGUUCGCCACCCUCCGUCAUGUCUUGACACCCAAAGAAGAAGGUCAGUGAAUAAUCGUGUCGUUAGUGCCAGGGUGGGUCAAGGCCUCCAAAGCUGGGCAUCACAGUGGCGACAAGCCAGACAUUUCGCCAUUCGUCCUUGUCAUCGUCAUUUGUCACCAUUUCUAAUUCCGGGAUCCACCCACCCACACCCUACUCCGUCCAACUCAUCCCCCCUACCCCACCGAGUACGCCCCUUCGACAGCACCGGCAACGGCAACACUUCAAGACUGAUCGCAAGUCCCCACCCCCAUUCGGUGCCAGUGCUAGCCCGCACACCAGUCCUCAGCGGCAACUCGCCAAAAUGGUUACGAGGGUGAAACUCAUGGAACAACAACACCAGCAGCAGCAGCAACAUCAACAACACCAACAACAUAAAGAAAGACCACAAAAUUCGACGUCCAGGCCAUACCGGGUGGCAUCGGUGGGCAGCAUGGCACAGGACUCGAAAAAUGUGAGGAAUAAUAUCAAUGCAACGACGGACCGUUUGCUCAAACCCCACAAACCGCCCGUAGAACAUUGUGAUAAUGUCGGAGAGACUAGCUCCCGACGGCCUCAACACCCCUCUGCGGGUCCAUCUCCCAUCGGAUCUGAGUCUCUCCCACCAACUAAUCCCUACCCUGACCCUGAACAAACAGGAGAUUCUAGUGCCACCGGUGUGAUUACGAGUGAUACUUCCAGCACUUCAAAACCCACCCCGACAGCAACCACAACCAAAUCAUCCCAAGGGAAAACAGCAGCUGGCUCAGCCAAUCCAACUUCCAGCCACAGUCCACCUCCUGCCUUACAGAUUUAUGAUAUUGUGCGAACCAUUGGCAAGGGCAACUUUGCAGUAGUGAAAUUAGCUCGACAUCGAAUGACAAGAACCGAGGUGGCUAUUAAGAUCAUAGACAAGAGCAAGUUGGAUAAGGCCAACUUGGAAAAGGUCCACAGAGAGGUGGAAGUCAUGAAACUCUUGGACCAUCCGAACAUCAUCAAGCUCUACCAAGUGAUGACUUCAGAGAGCAAGAUCUACAUCGUGUCCGAAUACGCCCCCAAAGGCGAGAUUUUUGACUACAUAGCUGAGUACGGUCGGAUGUCGGAGCAACUAGCCCGACGGAAGUUCUGGCAAAUCAUCCAGGCUGUGGAUUAUUGUCACCAAAGACGCGUGGUGCAUCGGGACCUGAAGGCCGAGAACCUCUUGCUCGACGCGGAUAUGAAUAUCAAGGUGGCUGACUUCGGGUUCUCCAACUUCUUCAAAUCCGAAGACUGGCUUACCACUUGGUGUGGAUCUCCUCCCUACGCCGCUCCGGAGGUCUUCGAGGGCAAAAAGUACAAAGGCCCGGAAAUCGAUAUCUGGAGUUUGGGCGUGGUCUUAUACGUUCUGGUUUGCGGUGCUCUGCCAUUUGAAGCACCGGACCCGCCUUCACUCCGAGAUCGCGUCGUUCGAGGAACUUUCAAGAUACCCACGUAUAUGUCAAAUGAAUGUGCGUCACUCAUUCAGAAGAUGCUGGUCCGGGAUCCCAAGAAACGCUACACCAUUUCAAUGAUCAAACGGGAUCCCUGGAUGAGAGUCGAAGUGCCCGAAAGCGAGAUGCAUGCGACCACUGAGGGCGAAGCUGGCGAUCUCAACCCUGAGCGUGCCGUGAAAAGUGGCCGCAAAUGUGAUAUGCCCAUCAACGAGAAAUGCAUCAAGAUCAUGGGUGACUUGGGCAUCGACACGAAUGCCACCAAACAGGCUGUGAAAAAUGAGGUUUACAAUCACCACGCGGCUAUUUACUUCCUUAUCCUUGACAUUUACAAUAAAGCCAAUAAGCCAGGCAGCUCGGGAAUGUGUUCAGGAAAAGCACGUCAUCGACAGCAACAGACAAUAACAACAUCAAUGGGACCGCCUCCUCAAGCAACAACAACUUCAGAGGCCCCUCACUCACAGCUCAGGCCCAAUCGGCCAAGACCUUCACAACUGCAGACUAAGAAUCCAAGGGCCUCACCCUCCCGACAUUUCUCCCUUGGAUCCGACGAGGUCGAACACCAUGGACGUCGACCAAGUUCUGUGGCGGAGCAGGUUCUUUCGGAGAGCAAUCGGCUUCAAAUUGCUCAAUUGGCAGCCAACCAUGCGAGACUUCAGCCCGGAAAUUUGGACGCUUCCAGUCACCCAACUCAGAGUGGUAGUCUCCAGCCCCAAACCCUUUGGCAGGCCUCCCCGUCUAUGAGACCUUCAUCCCAAAUGGAUGGCGAUGUCAACGCUCUUAGAAUGCAAUCUCCCUCAGGAAUGGUGGCCACGGAGUACGAUUGUAACAAUUGCAAAGAACCAAUUUUAGAAAACACAACCAGUACCACUACAUGUGUCAAAUGCGCUCGUCUUCGAACCAGACGAAGAAACUUUGCCCACCCGACCAUGCUAUGGUCAAACCAGAGUGCCACUACCACCUUUGCUGGCCGGGAUCACUCAGCUCCGCUUCCCCAACAAUACUUGUUUUGUUCCGAAGAACGAACUCGGGGACCUCAUGACAGCCGAGAUAGCGGCGUAAGCACCGGAAGCAGCCAAGAUUACGGAGAAUGCACCCCACCUAUUGAAAAAAGUUUAGGCUUUCCAAGGUUCCCAGCCCGCGUCGGAUCUUCUGAUCGGCCCAGCGUACCUAUAUCCCAAGUUAUGCGAAAACUCUCCGAGGUGGAAGGUAUAGCCCCGGCUAAUAUGAUGUUGAGGUCAUCUGUAGAUGAAGGGGUCGAAUUUGAACAUGGAUCUGAGUCAGCUUUAUCAGACUUGGGCUCGGCUCAAGCCCGACGACAGACCCUGAGCCACAUGGCCUCCUUCGACUCAUCAAGCUUGGGUUCCUAUUCGGGGAGUUUCCAUCAAGGAUUUAACGAAGCCAUCAGCUGUUACAGAGAUUCGCCGGGAGGAAGUUUUACCAGCACCGACUCCUCCUAUCCUUACGAGAGCUUUGAAGACGGUUUGGCCAUCGGCGAGGCUGAUCUGAAUCUACCCUUGCCCACUGGAGGAGGGUCUCUCCCUCUGCCAGUAUCGAGUCAACAAGAAAGUAACUCGGAUGGGGCCACUGGAAUAGGUUUUUCCGAUUGUCAAGGAUUCUUGACCAUGGACUUGCCGUCGAAUUACUUAAAAGUCCCCAACCAUGGGACUGACCGUCAUCUUAUGAGGUCCCCUGUGCAUUUCAGAGAGGGCCGAAGAGCUUCAGAUGGUCUCUUAAGUCAGCAUAUGUCAACUUUCAAUGACAGAAGUAAAUCUCAAGGCUAUUCUGAGUUGCAACUGGUUCACGAGGAGCACCGGGCACUCCAGAACCGAUUUGGUGUGCCAUCCGCGAGGGUUUCAAUUUCACCGGAUGGAUCUAGCCCAGCCGCAGUUCGUCAAAGGAAAGGAAAUACCGUUCUCGCCCAUCGACCUUCAAUAUCAAAGCGCAUCAGUGUGCCAGAAAACUUUACCUAUUUCCCCAGUCCAGCAAACCAAACAGCCCCUGGGAGUUCCACUGAUCUCCAACACUUGCCGGCCAAACAAAACCUAGCCCAUCAACUCCUCCAACAACGAUUGCAGCUUAAACGCCAUCCCUCCAAGCCACCUCGUUUGUUUUCAGCAGAUGGUUCAGCCGCCAAUCGCCGUAGAACGGCCCUCUCAGCCCGCCAAGCCUCGAAAUACUCGCAACAAGUGGCUGGGGUUAAUAAGCCGUACCUGCCGUCACAAGAGCCGUUUCUAUCUGGUCAAGUAGGAGCCGGUGUUCCAGGGGGAGAGUUUCUUUUCCAACCUAUCGUUGAAGAUGAAUAUGGCUUGGACGACCUCUUACCCAGUGGUAGCCAUGACGGGGUUGAUGACACUCUCGGAUCCAAUUCGAUGUCUUCAGAGACCCAAUGGCACACCCUACCAUCAUACAUGCAACAAACCUGCCACCUAGGCCAAGAGGAUUCGCCGCCACCUCCGGCCCCACCUGAACCGGAUAUUCUUAUUAGAGAUACAACAGAAACUAUGGACACCCUAUCUCCUAAUUGAAAGCAAAAUAACUUUGUUCAAUACAAGGGGGUGACCACAUUAAACACAAUUUAGGCGUUCAAGUGCCAUGUGAAAUGGACCCAAAGACAAUAUUCGUAGUCGAAGAAACCUUACACAAGUUUGAUUUGCGAAUUCAAGUUGGAGGUCUACCAUCCCAAUUUGUAUUUGAUAUCUACAAUUUUGAUUGACCCCUUGUGCUGCCGGUGGAUCCCUGUCAAUACUGUAACGGGUGCUUCUGCAUGAUGUAUGGACGAUUGCCAUUCUUCACCCGUGCGAUUACUUAUUUGGUAUAUUUAAUUGUCACAAAUUAGCCUACCUGAGCACCAACUUAAAAACACAUUGUUUCAAAAGACCUCAAUGAGCCUGCUCAAGGAGAUAUCUGCCUUCUUAGCAUUCAAAUUCCACACAAAUACCAUGGCCAUUGUAACCAAUGCUCUGGCCUCAUUGGCAAAGCAUCAGAAUGUGGUUUUUAUGUUAUUACACUUAUUUUGGAUCCCCUUAAGAUUGUUAUACAAUCUCACCACUUGCGAUUGAACGAAAAUGUCAAGUACAGUUGAGAUGAGAAUGUCAUUGUGCCAUGGAAAAGAUGCGAAAAAAUGCGUAACGUACUAUAUUUAGAAAGUUAAAGAAGUUAUAGAACAUGAAUAUGCUUUCCUAGUCAAGAAUUCGUGAUCGUGAUGAAUUAAUUAGUCAAACAAUUGCCAUAUACCAUUUGAAUGAUGAAACAGAAACCAAAAAAUCCAAAUUACACUUGCAAGCCGAAAUAAAUUAUAUUUAUACACCUGAUCAAAAGAGAUUUUAUUUUA